AAACCCUAAGUCAAAACGUCACCCCACUCGUCUCUCUCCUGGCGCCGUCUCACCUCCGCUGGGAAAUCCUCCGGAGACCCGUCGCUUUGCUCAGAUUCUCGAAUCGGAUUCAUUCUCGAGAAAUGACCUCGAAUGCUGAGGAAGGUAGGAGCUAUGCCAGGAGAGACCAACUGCUUAAGAUACAGUCAGAGGUCCAAAAAAGAUGGGAAGCCCACAAGAUUUUUGAGGCUGAUGCUGGAAGUAAGUCUCCCAAGAAGGGUGAGAAGUUCUUUGGGAACUUCCCAUACCCUUACAUGAAUGGCCUGCUGCAUCUGGGACAUGCCUUUACUGUUUCCAAGCUUGAAUUUGGUGCUGCCUACCACAGGCUACGUGGUUGUAAUGUACUCUUGCCUUUUGCUUUCCAUUGCACUGGAAUGCCUAUCAAGGCAUCUGCUGACAAGCUUGCACGAGAAGUUGAAUUAUAUGGGAAUCCUCCUGUGUUUCCUUCUGUAGAGGAGGAUUCUAAAACGGAAGGUCCUGAUGAGAACAAAUCUGAAGAGGGUAACGUGGUUGCCCCUGAUAAAUUCAAAAGCAAGAGGUCUAAGGCUGCUGCAAAAUCUGGUGGAUACAAGUCUCAGUGGGAUAUUAUGAGGAGUUUUGGUCUUUCAGAUGAUGAGAUUGCUAAAUUCCAAGAUCCAUGUCACUGGCUAAGCUAUUUUCCACCUCUAGCAAAAGAAGAUCUUAAGGCUUUUGGAUUGGGCUGUGAUUGGAGGCGUUCUUUCAUAACUACAGACAUGAACCCAUUUUAUGAUUCCUUUGUUAGAUGGCAGAUGAAGAAGCUAAAAGACAUGGGAAAGAUUGUGAAGGAUAUGAGAUACACAAUAUACUCUCCAUUGGAUGGCCAACCAUGUGCAGAUCAUGACCGAGCUUCGGGUGAGGGUGUUCAACCGCAGGAUUAUGUUCUGAUCAAGAUGGAAGUACUCCCUCCUUUCAGAACAAAGUUGAAAGUUUUGGAAGGUAGAAGAGUAUACUUAGCAGCUGCAACAUUAAGACCUGAGACGAUGUAUGGGCAAACAAAUGCAUGGGUACUGCCAGAUGGUGAGUAUGGUGCCUUUGAGAUCAAUGAAACCGAUGUUUUUAUUGUAACAUACCGAGCUGCUUUGAACCUUGCAUAUCAGAAUCUGUCACGGAUUCCGGAGAAGCCAACUUGUCUGCUCGAGCUGUCUGGUCAUGAUCUUAUUGGUUUGCCCUUGAGGUCUCCUCUCGCCUUUAAUGAAGUCAUUUACUCACUUCCGAUGCUUACAAUUUUGACAGAUAAGGGUACGGGCAUUGUUACCAGUGUGCCCAGUGAUUCACCGGAUGAUUACAUGGCAUUGAAUGAUUUGAAACUGAAACCUGCUCUGAGAUCAAAGUUUGGAGUCAAAGAUGAGUGGGUUCUUCCAUUUGAGGUUAUACCAAUCAUUAAUAUUCCAGAAUUUGGAGACAAAUCUGCAGAGAAGGUGUGUGUUGAUCUUAAGAUCAAGAGUCAGAACGACAAAGAGAAGCUUGCAGAGGCAAAAAAGCUAACCUAUUUGAAAGGAUUUACUGAUGGUACAAUGCUGGUAAGGGAUUUUAAAGGAGUGAAAGUUCAGGAAGCAAAGCCAUUGAUAAGGAACAAACUUUUAGAAACAGGAGAUGGAGUGAUGUACAGCGAGCCCGAAAAGAAAGUUAUGUCUAGGUCGGGUGAUGAGUGUGUUGUGGCUCUAACGGAUCAGUGGUACAUUACUUAUGGUGAGGCUGAGUGGAAGAAGGAGGCAGAGGAUUGUUUAGCCCACAUGAAUCUCUACUGUAAAGAAACAAGAAACGGUUUUGAGCAUACACUAAGCUGGCUGAAUCAGUGGGCAUGUUCACGGUCUUUUGGACUUGGUACCCGUCUUCCCUGGGACGAGCAAUUCCUAGUUGAAUCACUUUCUGAUUCAACUCUCUACAUGGCCUUCUAUACCAUUGCUCAUCUUUUGCAAGGUCCUGAUAUGUAUGGCUCUGAUCAUUCUUCUGUGAAGCCUGAGCAAAUGACUGAUGAUGUCUGGGAUUAUGUCUUUUGUGGUGGUCCACUUCCAAAAACUGACAUCCCUGUAUCUCUUCUUAACAAGAUGAAGCUAGAAUUUGAGUAUUGGUACCCAUUUGAUUUACGUGUAUCUGGUAAAGAUCUUAUACAAAACCACCUCACUUUUUGCAUUUAUAACCAUACAGCACUUUUGCCGGAACAUCAUUGGCCUCGUGGUUUCCGGUGCAAUGGUCACCUUAUGCUGAAUUCUGAGAAGAUGUCAAAAUCAACUGGAAAUUUCAGGACCCUUCGUCAGGCCAUAGAGGAAUUCUCCUCUGAUGCCACUAGAUUUUCCCUUGCAGAUGCUGGUGAUGGAAUGGAUGAUGCAAAUUUUGUUUUUGAAACAGCGAAUGCUGCAAUUUUGAGGCUCACUAAGGAAAUUGCCUGGAUGGAAGAAGUGUUGGCUGCUGAGUCAACUUUGCGAGUUGAACCCCCUACUACUUAUGCUGAUUUUGUAUUUGCCAAUGAAAUAAAUAUUGCAGUCAAGUCAACUGAACAACACUACAAUGAUUUCAUGUUCAGGGAUGCUUUGAAGUCAGGUUUUUACGACCUUCAGGCUGCCAGAGAUGAAUACAGGUUCUCUUGUGGAGCAGGAGGUAUGAACCAUGACCUGUUAUGGCGGUUCAUGGAUGUUCAGACUAGGCUCAUUACUCCAAUUUGUCCACACUAUUCUGAGCAUGUUUGGACGAAUAUUCUGAAAAAGGAUGGCUUUGUAAUAAAUGCUGGUUGGCCCCUGCAUGAUGCCCCUGAUCUUACCCUUAAGAUUGCUAACAAGUAUUUGCAGGAUUCAAUAGUGUUAAUGAGGAAGUUGCUCCAGAAGCAAGCAUCCGGUCCUAAGAAGGCUAAAAAAGGGAUUGCAGUUCCUGUAGCAGAAGAAAACAAAUUGACAAUAGGUCUUAUAUAUGUAAACGAGCAAUUUGAUGGUUGGAAAGAAGAAUGCUUGAGGAUACUUCAAAGCAAGUUUGAUGGAGAUCGACGUGCAUUUGCACCUGAUCAGGAAAUACUGGAAGCAUUAAAACAGAGUGCUGUUGGACAGGCUGCAAACUUUAAGCAGAUCCAGAAACUCUGCAUGCCUUUUCUAAAGUUCAAGAAGGAUGAAGCAUUGUCUGUUGGUCCACAGGCCCUGGAAUUGAAACUGCCUUUUGGUGAAAUACAGGUUCUUCAGGAGAAUUCUGACUUGAUAAAGAGGCAACUGGGUCUUGAACAGGUUGAAAUCCUGUCUGCAUCAGACGAGGUUGCACGAAGCAAAGCAGGUCCACAUGUAUCAUUGCUGACUCAGAAUCCCCCUUCACCUGGCAACCCUAUUGCCAUAUAUAUGAGCAAGUUGGAGUAUUCUACGGCGGAACUUCACAUUGUCUCCUAAAUAAGCAUUCCGGGAAAUUUUUGCUACGAAAGACUGCUAGAGUGCAUGAAAAAGAAUUUUCACCAAUCCAGAAUUGGAUGGGUUGUUGGUAAUACCUGCGUGAAAUUUGGUUCCUGCAUGCUGGCUUCGCCUAUUUAUCCCUACACCUGACCAGCCAUAUCCAUGUUCUCUGGAUCUAUUAAAAUGCACAAUGGAUUUGUUUUAAUCUUUGCAACUAUGGAGCUUUGGGGUAUGUUUUUGUGUUGGCAGUGCAAGUAUUGGUUAAAGAUUGGCUCUUGUAAAUUAGAGCUUACUGCAGUAGGUGUGUAUUUAGGGCUAACAAUUAAGCUUUUAUAAGUUCGAAGUUUUUUUUUAAAUUUAAUUGUGUUAUGGAUCCAAAUAAAAUCCUUUUUGUGUUAUUAUC